AUGCCAGAAGAGUCAGACAAAGAUGAACAGCUCACAGACCGAACAACCAGUGAUGAAGAUGAGUUGGAUAAUGAUACCUUUAUGAAAUUUGUAAGCGAAGAUCUCCAUCGGUGUGCACUGUUUACAGAUGCUACUGGUGACCAGUGUUUACCUCGGACUACACAGAUUUUGUUGGAAUAUCAGCUAGGGAGAUGGGUCCCACGUCUUCGUGAGCCCCGAGACCUAUAUGGUGUCUCUUCAUCUGGUCCGCUGAGUCAAACACGAUGGCCAUGUCACUGUGAAGUAGUUGAAGAGAAAAUCCUGCACGUUGAUUGUGCUCCUCCGUAUCCUGAGCCAUUGUAUGUCUCAACAGGUGAUGAAUGGGAACCCCAUUAUCCAGACUGUACUCAAGGCACUGUGGUUUAUCUUGGUAAUGAUGCUUACAAAGAACGCUGUUUCAUGUAUUCUCGAAUAGGGGGUGUCAGAUCUCUUCAGAAGCAUUCAGAAAUUCUACCUGUGGAGGACUAUGACAACACUUUGAUAUUUGAAGCCAGGUUUGAGAGUGGUAAUCUGCAAAAGGUGGUCAAAGUUACUGAUCAUGAAUAUCAGUUGACUGUGCGCCCUGACCUCUUCACAAGUAGACACACCCAGUGGUAUUACUUUCAAGUAACCAACACUCAAGCAGGAAUACCCUAUCGUUUCACCAUUGUCAACUUCACUAAACCGGAUAGUCUGUACAAUCGAGGCAUGCGCCCACUCUUCUACUCUGAAAAAGAGGCCAAGAAGAACAAUAUUGGCUGGCAGAGAACAGGAGACCAAAUCAAGUAUUAUAGGAAUAAUAUAGGGCAAGAGGGGCGUCAGCUUUUCUCUCUUACGUGGACUUUCCAGUUUCCAUAUGACAAAGAUAAGUGUUACUUUGCUCACUGCUAUCCAUAUACAUAUGCCAACCUGCAAGACUACCUUUUAGGUAUCACUAAUGACCCAAUCCGGUCACAGUAUUGUAAAAUCCGUGUGCUAUGCCACACACUUGCUAGGAACAUGGUAUAUGUUUUAACAAUUACUACUCCUUUGAAGAAUAUUGAAUCAAGAAAGCGUAAGGUGGUGAUUUUGACAGCAAGGGUACACCCAGGAGAAACCAAUAGUUCUUGGAUCAUGAAAGGCUUCCUAGAUUACAUCCUAGGAGAUUCAAGCGAUGCCCAGCUGCUCCGGGACACUUUUAUCUUCAAAGUGAUACCUAUGCUGAAUCCAGAUGGUGUGAUUGUGGGAAAUUAUCGGUGUUCCUUAGCUGGACAGGAUUUAAACCGUUGCUACACAUCUAUCCAAAAGGACUCUUAUCCUUCUGUCUGGUACACCAGGAAUAUGAUCCAUAGAUUAAUGGAAGAUCGGGAGAUUCUCCUAUAUUGUGACCUUCAUGGCCACAGUAGGAGAGGGAAUAUCUUUAUGUACGGCUGUGAGGAUAGCGAUGAAGAUAAAGAGUUGUGCUUAGAGCAACGAGUAUUUCCAUUUAUGCUGAGCAAGAAUUGCCCAAACAAAUUUUCAUUCUCAUCUUGUAAGUUUGAUGUUCAGAAGAGCAAAGAAGGGACAGGAAGGGUAGUUAUGUGGAAAAUGGGAAUCCGUAACAGCUUCACCAUGGAGGCUACUUUCUGUGGUUCUACUCUAGGUAAUAGACGAAGUACCCACUUCAACACAAAAGAUUUGGAGUCUAUGGGAUAUCAUUUUUGUGAUUCCCUUUUAGACUAUUGUGAUCCAGACCAGACAAAGUAUUAUCAAUGCAUGAAAGAAUUAGACGAUUUGGAGAUACAGCAGUCAGGCACAACAUACUCGGAUAAAAUACAUUAUGAUUCAGAUACUUCAUUCAUAGAUACUGCAUUGGAUCUAGAUUCUAGUGAUGAAUCUGACAUUUCAGAGACCAGUGAAGCUUCAACUUUUCUCAAAGGAACUUCCCAGAAUAAAGCAAGAGAAUCACAAGUUAUUCCUUCAAACCAGGAAUCAGAAAGGAAAAACGCAAAAAACCACAGAAUGAAAAUUUUGGAGCUCACUGGGAAGCAGAUGACUAUAUUUUCUCCAUUUGGAGAAGGACCAUUUUUCAAGAAACUACAAAAUCAAAAGGUUGGUAACAGGGGAGAUGUGCCACAAAGACAUAAGGAAACAAACCCCAAAGCAAAAGGUAAUUGAUUCAGUUCAAUUCAAGAUAAUUUUUAUUUUUAGUAUUUUUGUUGUUUUGUUCAGUCAUUUCAGUUGUGACCAGUUCCACCCUGGCUACUAAAAAGAUAUCUCAGGUCCUCAGGAAAGUUACUGCUCAAGAAGAUUGGAGAAGGGGUCAAGAUGAUCACCAUGAAGUCAAGAGGCUGCAGGCUCUUCCUGUCUUUGAGCAUGGCCAUCCUCAUAGCUGCGGUGAUCUCCCUGCUGCUCUACGCCCUGCUCUGGAGGUCGGGCAACCUUGUUGACCUCCCCACCAUGAAAAUUGGCUUUUAUAACUUCUGCCUGUGGAAUGAGAGCAUCCAUGCUCUCCUGUGUCAUCAGUUCCCUGAGCUGGAAGAAAUGAGGGUGUCCCGGGUUGGAAUAGCCCUGGCGAGGUUUGGUGUCUAUGGAGCUCUCGUCCUGGCUCUCUUUGCCUCCCUGCCACUCCUCCUGGCCUGGUGCCAUGGUAACAAGGACAAGUGGAAUCUGACGGUGGUGCUCCUGGGGGCUUCAGCAGGGAUGCUGCUCGGUGGACUUUUGCUCUUCCUCUUCUACGCCUCUCGGUGGAUCAAACCCUCGGAGCUGGGUGCUGAGUUUCUAGCCCUGGUGGGGGCAGAAGUCAUGCUACUGCUUCUGCUUCUUAUCAUUGUCAAGUACCCCCUUGGGAUGAGGGGAAGGCUUGAGCCCCAGGGAACAAAGACCUACAUCUACAGCAGCCCUACAUCUGUGGUCUUACUUGGGAUAGAUAUAAACCCACGGAAGUUUUCCAAGGAUCAUCACUGGGGAUGUAUGAGAGAUAUCUCUGUCCAUUUGCCCUUUUCCCCUAAGGAAAGCUGGGGAGGGUAAAACGUGAUUAACUCUUCUGCA